AUGUCUUUCCAGGACCUAUUGUAUUGUCCUGUGUGGGUCUUCUCCACAGCGGUGCUGGCUCUGGUCGUGCGCCUACAGCGCCGAGCCCGCUGGGAUCCAAAAACCUGCCCCGUUCGCCUCACAGGGAAGACCGCUAUUGUGACAGGGGCCAAUACAGGUAUCGGGAAGUUCAUCGCCCUGGACCUUGCUCGCCGUGGAGCCCGUGUGAUCCUGGCCUGUCGAAGCGAGGCUCGAGGCACAGCAGCGCUAAAUGAAAUCAAGCAGAUUUCAGGAAACGCAGACGUCCACCUACGUCUGGUGGACGUCUCCUCCAUGGAGUCCGUCAGGGGAUUUGCAAAGAGGAUUAUUGAGGAGGAGAAAGCGCUCCACAUCCUUGUGAACAAUGCUGGAGUGUCAGGUUUGCCCAGACAAAUCACCAAAGAUGGGUUUGAGGCUUCUUUUGCCACCAACCAUCUGGGACCAUUUUUGCUCACCAACUUACUGCUGGACCUGAUCAAGCGCUCAGCUCCAGCUCGUAUCGUCACCGUCAGCUCAGCCAACCACUGGAGAGGUCAGGUGGACUUCUCCCAUUUUCAUGGCGAGAACCUUUAUUAUAGCAUGGAUCGAGUGUACAACCACACUAAGCUGCACAACAUCAUCUGUACCAACGAGCUGGCACGCAGGUUACAGGACACAGGUGUCACCGCCAACUCUGUUCAUCCUGGUGUUGUCAUGACAGAAGUGAUGAGACACUAUUCAUUUUGGGUCCGUUAUCUUUUUAACAUCGCUGGUGUUCUCUUCUUAAAAUCACCAGAAGAGGGUGCAGUCAGCACCAUCUACUGUGCAGUGUCAGAAGAACUUGAAGGAGUGACUGGCAAGUACUUUGACAGCGACUGCUCUCUGGUUCUUCCAUCCCCUUUAGCUCGAGACACCGCCCUCGCCGUCAAGGACUUUGAAAUAUGUGAGAGGCUGACGUCAAAGCUCUGAAACACCUGGACUGGAACAACCUCAUCAACUGUGAAGAUGUUUUGUCAUCCAUAACUUUCUGCCCUGCCGUGUUUUCUUCUCCUUGUGCAUUUAACGUGUGCAUAUUUCAUAAAAGUUUAUUUGAUUAUCACCACUUGACAUAUUAGGAAUUUUAUAAAUAAAACUGUUUCCUCAAA